AUGGGGGUUCAAGGCUUGACCAGCCUCAUCAAGGACAACAGUCACAUCUACCGGGACGUCCAGUUCAGGGACAGCCGGCUGGUGGUGGACGGCAGUAACCUGUCCUUCCACCUGUACUGCACCGCGGGUCUGGACCAGACAUACGGCGGGGACUACGCUGCGUAUGAGAACCUGAUCGAGAGGUUCGUCAAAGCGCUGAGGGGCUGCGGGAUCCAGCCGUACGUGGUGCUGGACGGAGGUGAUGACCACACUGAUAAGAAGCUGGAAACCAAGAAAAAACGAGCCAAGGCACGGAUCCAAACAGCCCACAAAAAUUCACAGGGCUGGCGGAACGGUGCCAUCAUGCCCCUGAUGUGCAUCUCGCUGUUUAGACAGACCCUGGUCCGGCUCGAGGUCCCGGUGGUCCGGUGCUUCUUAGAGGCAGACCGGGAGGUCGCCGCCCUGGCAAGUGAUUGGAAGUGUCCGGUGCUCUCCAACGAUGGUGACUUCUACAUCUUUGACCUGCCGGCGGGGCUGCUGCCCAUCCCCCAUUUCCAGUGGCAGAAGGCGGCACAGAGACGCUACGUCCCCUGUAAGAAAUACACCGCCUCCGGCUUCUGCUCCUUCUACAACAUCCAGCGCCGCGUCCUGCCCGCCUUCGCCGUGCUGGCUGGGAACGACUAUGUGAAGCUGGAGGACAUGGGGGUGUCCCUGCGGCUGGAGCACCCUGUUCGGGCACCCAACAUUUCUUGGAGACGGAGUCACCUGGAGGCGCUGCUCUGCUGGCUGGGGGACUUCCAGGAGCCCCAGGAGGCCCUGGUGGCGGCGCUGAAGCUGAUGGGGGAGGUGAGCAGGGAGAAAGAGGCGGAGGUCCUGCAGCGCUUGUCUGUGGGCAUGGAGGAGUACCAGCUGCCUCCCAGCGCCCUGGGCCGGUUCUUUACUGAUGGGACAGUGCCUCCCCUCCCCCCAAAGGACCAGGGUCUGGUCCCGGACUGGAUCCGCCUGCCUUUCACCGAGGGCCGACUGGACAAAGUCAUCCUGAACGUGCUGCGGCUGAGGAGGGUCCGCCUUCCCUCCAUGGUGGAGCACGGCAGACUGACCAGCUCCCACCUCACCUCCCGGCCGAUCCGCCAGGAGAUGUACGGGCUGCUGCUGGGCGAGGAGGAGGUGGAGGAGUACGACCGGGAGGGCCUUCUGCUGACCAGCCGCGUGGUCCGGCCGGUCUGCCGAGGAGCCGCUCGGCAGCUGAGCCUGGACUCCCUGGAUAAGGCGGAGCUCUCACAGCGUGUCCGGGUGUUGAUGGAGGCUCUGGAGGUGGAGCCGUCCUGUUUUCAGGGCGUGGAGCCUCACCUGCGCCUCCUGGUGGCUGUUACCUGCUACUGGAUGCAGAAUGCGAGCCCCACUCCAGAUCUGGAACUGCAGCAUGCUCUGCUGCUGGGACUGGGGUCAGCACAGCCGGAGUGCAAUGGCUGA